CGAUGACGCUUAUCAACGCAAAACGGUCGCAUUCUAAGGGCAUCCGCUACUUGCGCAGUUUAUAUUAUUUAAGCUCAGGGAGAUCUGACAGGAAGACGGGCGAGCCGCCGGCAGCAUCACCGCCAUGACCUGCGAGGUGGACUGUUAGCCUGUUCGACCGCCGUUUGUCGCGCUUUGGCAGCUUGUCGACGGCCACGUACUUUCAGCUGAAAGGUUCCAGGUGUGGUGGGGAUCCAAACAGAUAUCGCCAUGGCCUCAGCAAACGUAACUCUGGAGAAUCAGCUGCACAGUGCUCAGAAAAACCUGCUUUUUCUGCAGCAGGACCAUGCUAACACACUAAAGGGGCUACAUGCAGAAAUCCGCCGAUUACAGCAGCAAUGCACAGAUUUGACAUAUGAGCUCACCGUGAGAAGCUCCGAUCCAUCAGACAGCAGCGAGGAACGAUGCAGGGAGCUGCAAAGGAGGUGUGAGGAGCUGGAGGCCCAACUUAAAAAGAAGGAGGAGGAGAACACAGAGCUGCUCCGGGACCUGGAGCAGAAGAACGCCAUGAUUUCGGUCCUGGAAAACACCAUCAAAGAGCGGGAGAAGAAGUACCUGGAGGAGCUCAAGAUGAAGAGCCACAAGCUGGCCGUGUUGUCUGGGGAGCUGGAGCAGAGGGCAAGCACCAUCGCUUACCUCACCUCGCAGCUUCACGCCACGAAGAAGAAGCUUUUGGCCGGAAGUUCCUCCGAGGCGAGUCCCAACGUCAGUCCCAUCAGCUCCUACAAGCCGACGCCUCCCCCCGCCAAGGACAGGCAGCCUGAAACGCCGCGUCGCCGGAUGAAGAAGAGCCUCUCCCAGCCUCUUCACCCGGAGCUGACGGAGGUGUACCGCCUGGGCCCGGACGGCAGGCGGGUUGUCCUGCGAGAGCCGGUCGACGCCAUGCCCGACCCGACCCCGUUCUUGCAGGCGGGCCGGGAGUCUCCCGACGCCCAGCAGGUGGUGCGUGAGCGCCCCACAGUGAUCCCUCCCAUCGCCUCCGACCGCUCCCCCAUCCCUCCCCUGGGUGCCGCGGCCAGCCCCCGACACAGCCCCCGACACAGCCCGGCUCGGGAGCGCCAGCACAGGGCCCACGUGGGCGUGGCGCACCGCAUCCCGCAUGGCACCCCGGCCCUCGCCCCGCCGCAGGCCGAGCUGGAGACGCUGGCAGUGGACCAGGUCAACGAGGACAAGGUUCUGCAGAAGCGCUCGGAAGCCGAUAGGACAGUUUAACACUGCAAUGCUGCACCUGCGCAUUAACACAGAUGCACAUCUAGGGCCAGAUGCAUAAAACUCUGGUUUUAUGACUAAAAGGAGCGUGAGCACAAAGGCAAAAAUGUGUUUAUGCAUUCUGUUUGCCAGAUUUAUAAAGAGUGCCUUGCAGAGGUAUUCAUACUGCUUGAACUUUUUUGGAUUUGAUCACGUCAUAAACGCUAACUUCAGUGUGUUUUAGGUGAAUUUCUGCUGCUAAAGCAGUGCAUAACUUUAAAAAGGGAAGGAAAAUGAUACAUGGCUUUUUAAAAGUGUUUUAUAAACAAUUUGAAUAGUGAGGUUCAUGCCAUGAACCUCACCAUUCCCCAAAAAACUCCCAAUGAGUUUUUUUUUUUUGCACUAUGCACAUGCUUAUACUUUGCUCAACCUUACGCUUUAUUUUUAAGUCUUUGCAGCGUUUGACAGAGUAAAAUUCUUAUCACCACAGCUCUCCAAAUACAUAUGCAUGCAACGUUUUUGUUGUUUUUAGAAACCGACUAUCAUUUUCCUUCCCCUCACAAUUUCUGUUGACCUAUUGAAUAAAAUUCAAUAAAAUAAAAUGUGAUUUUAAUGUUAAAUGUAAAAAAGAGAAAAAGUUCUAGGCAUAUGAACACCUUUAUCAGGCACUGCAGGAUGUGCUUCUGUCACAACAUUCAAAUCAUUUUGAAAUUUUACACUUCCUCCAUACUUUAACCCCAUUUCAGGCUCAAAGUGUGGAGGAAGUGUGUUUAGUCUCGGCUGUGAGCCCAUGAACACAACAAAUCCUGAUUUAAAACCUGUGACAUAUGCAACUCCACUUUCUAAGUUCAAAGCAACGAACCUCGGUGGAAGAAAAAUAGAAACAGUAUUGCACAUGUGGGGCUUUAAAGCACACAAGCCUACAUAUCGUCCUCUGCAAGAAGCUAAAGCAGCGAAUAAUGGUUCUAUUAAAGUCUUACCAAGGUCUUCCAACUCCUCCA